GCUGCCAGUGGUAAGAACUACAUGGCAACCACGAAAUUACGAACUAUGUCACAAAAAAACAGCAGCUGAAGAUUGACCAAGAUCAAUCGGAGAUUGUUAUAUUUCACACUAUGUGCUGAAUAUCCAUGAUGUUUAAAAAUAUUUAAGAAUAUUAAUGUUUGGAAGAUUUUUUUGAUUCCAGUGGAAUCCUGUAUUUUUUUGUUUGGUUUCUUUUUGUUUUUAAAUUGUAACCUGUUACAAUGCCUGUACAAGCUCCACAAUGGACGGAAUUCCUCUUGUGCCCGAUCUGCACGCAGACUUUCGAAGAAACCAUUCGCAAGCCCAUCAGCUUAGGAUGCGGCCACACUGUCUGCAAGAUGUGCCUGAACAAACUACACCGCAAGGCAUGCCCCUUCGACCAGACCACUAUCAACACAGACAUUGAACAGCUACCUGUCAACUCGGCCCUGCUGCAGCUCGUCGGUGGACAGGUCCCCAAACAGCAGCCCAUUGCUCUGCUUACAGGAGUGGAAGACACCAAACACUAUGACGAGGCCAGGAAAUGCGUGGAGGAGCUUGCUCUCUACCUCAAACCCCUCAGCAGCACGAGAGGUGUUGGUUUGAACAGCACCACUCAGAGCGCUCUCAGCCGGCCCAUGCAGAGGAAGCUGGUGACGCUGGUUCACUGUCAGCUGGUGGAGGAGGAGGGGCGAAUCAGGGCCAUGCGAGCUGCCCGUUCCCUGGGUGAGAGGACCGUCACGGAGCUCAUCCUCCAGCACCAGAACCCACAGCAGCUCUCCUCCAACCUGUGGGCAGCUGUCCGAGCCAGGGGCUGCCAGUUCCUUGGGCCAGCGAUGCAAGAGGAGGCUCUGAAGUUGGUUCUGCUAGCCCUGGAAGAUGGCUCCCCCCUGUCCCGUAAGGUUCUGGUUCUCUUUGUGGUUCAAAGAUUGGAGCCACGAUUCCCCCAGGCCUCCAAAACAAGCAUCGGUCACGUGGUGCAACUCCUCUAUAGAGCAUCCUGUUUUAAGGUGACGAAGCGAGAUGAGGAUUCCUCGCUGAUGCAGCUGAAGGAGGAGUUCCGCACGUACGAAGCUCUCCGGCGGGAACACGACUCUCAGAUUGUCCAGAUCGCCAUGGAGGGGGGGCUGCGCAUCGCCCCUGACCAGUGGUCCUCACUGCUGUACGGUGAUCAGUCCCACAAAUCACACAUGCAGUCCAUCAUCGACAAGUUGCAGACGCCGGCCUCAUUUGCUCAGAGUGUUCAGGAACUGACCAUUGCGCUCCAGCGGACGGGAGACCCUGCCAACCUGAACCGUCUCCGACCCCACCUUGAGCUGCUGGCUAACAUCGACCCCAGCCCAGAUGCACCUCCCCCUAUGUGGGAGCAGCUGGAGAAGGGGCUGGUCGCUGUGAAGACCGUGGUCCACGGACUGGUGGAUUUCAUUCAGAACCACAGCAAAAAAGGCACCGACCAGCAGCAGCCUCCUCAGCACAGCAAAUACAAAACAUACAUGUGUCGGGAUAUGAAGCAAAAAGGGGGCUGCCCUCGGGGGGCCAGCUGUACCUUUGCACAUUCUCAGGAAGAACUAGAAAAGUAUCGCAAGAUGAACAAGCGCCUGGCAGCCAGAAGACCCCUGAGCCAGUCCCUCACGCAGCUCAAUGAAGUGGGCUUGUCCGGUCUGCUGUCAGAUGACGGGGGGCUGGAGGGUGCUGUGCGGAAACCCUCCUCCCUUACCAACGGGAUCGUAGCAGCCGGCUCGGGGGGCCACAUGCCGCAGCUCAUCUCCCGCGGGACAGACUGCUCGUACGACACAGGGCUCAAACCAGGGAAAAUGGAGCACCCAAGUAUCAGCGCCCCCGGAUCUCCCCCUGACUUGCUUGAUUCUGUCUCUAAGGGCUCCAUGCCAGCAAUGCCUAUGAAUGCCCACCCUAUGCCUCACCCCAGAAUGCCCACAGAACACCCCUCAAUGUCCAAGCAGCUCCAGAUGGUGUCAAGGGGAUCCCAGAUGUACACACAGCAACCAAGUGAUAUGUACUACCAGGAUCCGAGGCCACCUGCUUCUGCAGCUUCGUAUGAGCACCCUCCAUACCCAGCAGGUGUACCCUACCCCUACCCAUCUUCACAAUACAUCCAGCCUCGCUACACCAGGACCCCACCCAGCGAGCCGGGCAUGCAGUACCCAGAUCACUACCCCUACAUGCAGGACAGGCAGUACCCAAGCCCGUCCGUGCAGUACCCCCCUAUGGCACAGCCGGUGUACCCUGCCCACUGCGACGCGCGCCGCCCCUACGGCCCCCCACAGUCCUUCCAGCGUGAGGAGAUGGUGAGAAUGAACCCAGGGCCUGUGGAAAUCACACCACCAGCAAGUGGAUCACCAUACCUCUCAGAGAGCAGAGACCGCUACCCACUUGAGGGCUACCCUCCAGAGGGCUACCCUGCUGGCCCACACCCCAGCCAGAUGCGACCCUAUCACAGGGAAAGCUACAGCAGGAUGACUGCCCCACACCCCAGCCUGGACUACCUGCACCGCCGGCGCAAGGAGAUCAUGGCUCAGCUGGAGGAGAGGAAGGUGAUCUCCCCUCCUCCCUUUGCCCCGUCCCCAACGCUGCCCCGUCCAUUCCCACCAGAUUUCCCACAAGAGUAUUUGGAGGACAAUCCAAAAGCUGUUGGGAAGUACAAAGAAAACGAAUACUCGCCUUGGUCAUGUGACACCAUUGGCUCCUACAUCGGCACCAAGGAUGUCAAGCCCAAAGACGUUAUGGCGUCGGAAGCCAUGGAGAUGAUGAAUGUAGACAGCAAAGGUUUGAGGAAUCAGCCAAUCGACAUGCAGAGAAGGUCAGCUGAGGCCAAAGACGACGACCCCAUAAUUCCGUUUGGGACCCUGCCCACAGUGUCCCGUUUCGGGGUGAUCUCCCGCACCUCCAAAACUGGGUACCAGACCACCUGCCCAAUGCAGGCCAUGGCUUCAUCCCAGGGAGCUGCACCCAAACAUAGCAGCGCUUCAGCUGAUUUCAGCCCUUAUACUACUCAUGGAAGCUGGGGAGCGCCCCCUUACCAUCACCACCAAAACAUGACAACUCAGGGACGCUUCAGUGACAGGAUGCCAAUACCCCCAGACAGGGAGCAGCUGAAAAUGGAGCUCCAACAACUUAACCAGCAGAUCAACCAACAGACACAGAUCCGUGGAAUGGAGGCUGCUAGUAACACAUUGUUGCAGCAAAGGGAGGCGAGUGCACUAACCACCCAGCCUCCUCCCCAGAAGUGGGCAGCAGAGACGAUUUCCAGCGAACAGCUGAGCAUGGAACUGCACCAGGUGGAGCGUGAGAUUGGCAAGAGAACUAGGGAAAUAGCCAUGGAGAGUCAAGCACCUCAUGAUCACUAUAAAAUGAAACCAGCAGAAAAUGGACAACCUGAACACAAGGUCCACAUGGAGGACCUCUCCCUUGCACUCAACGAAGGCGCGAACGGAUCCAGCUUGGUCCAAGAAAGUAGUAUGAAUUCUCUGUCCGGCAAGACCUCCUCCUUGAGCCUGGCUGCAGACUCCGCUAGCAGUUCUGAGGUGCAGGUGAAUGGUGUCGGCCACUCCUGCUCCUCAUGAGAGAUCAGGCUGCUCACUAACAAGGCACAGCAACACCACACAGUGAAGAAGUGAUAACACAGUUCCUCCAAAUGGAGUCAUAUUUUCACCACCACCCCUCUGGGAAAGAUGGAAGAUAUUGAGCAGCAUGUCUCGAAUCCUGUACAAAUUUGUCGAAGGAGAACACUUCACCCUGUUAAUUGCUGUAGAACUGAAGUAGAAAAUGUCAGCAUAAGAAAUUGAAGCUCUUCCAUGCCCUCUGCUUUGUUGCGGCUAUUUUGGCACAUUUAAGCUACAUUAUAUACAAAACACAUAUUUCAGUCUCACAUUGUGGGUGGGGUGUUCUCGGCAAUACAGUAGAUAUACACACAUCUUCAUUUUAUUUAGAAAUAAGCAGUAUCUGCAGUGAAUUUAAGAUUUUUUUUUUUUUUUUUUUUUUUUUGUUCUGUGAAUGAACUUUUAAUUUUAUUAUAACUGACCGCCUUGGGUCUCAGGGCAGAUAGAUAUUAAACUGUUUUGUUUUUGUUCAAUGCAUUUAAAAUUGAAAAUAGCUUAAGCAGUUCUGUUGGUUACUUUAUUAUAUGCCUAGAUACUUGUACCCCCACUAGAGUUUUGCAAAACUCUAUAGAAACUGUCUGCAAACCAUUCUCUUGAUAACUUAAAAUUGCAUUAAUAGACUCUUAAAUUUAGUGUGUUUUAAAAAUGAAAUAACGCUGGUCACCCAGGACGGUACUACGCUUACAACUGAAUCGUUUUAAACUUUUGGUUAAUUUAUUCCCUUGUUUUUUGAUUUUUAUCAAAACAAACCUGGAUAUGCUUCUAUGUUGAAGCCACUAAACAGCUGGUAAAUUAUAAAUAGCCACACUUAAUAAGAAACAAAAUGUAUUAAAACUAAUAUGGUCAGUGAUCAUUAUUACUACAGUGGUUGAGAUCUUGAUGUAAACUAAUGAACAAAGUUACGUAGACAAGUGUCAGUGUUAUAAGUUGAAAUGUUUGUCUACUUUCUUAGGAAUUAUUUUGCUGCAACUGGACUUGAAGAAUUGUUGCUUUGAGAAUGAGGCCUUUUAUUUUUUUUAAAAGGCUGGACAUGAUCCACACAAAAAAUAAAAUACUCAGAAAAGCACCAGUAAAAAAUCCUGUUGUUUUGAUCGGUUAUUGUAAAACCGCACUUGUUCAGGUAAAACUUUAGAAGGGAAACCCCUGGGUGUGUAAUAGGUAACCACUAUACUUGGCUUGGUUUUGAAUCGAGUCUGGUAGAAACCAGUCUCCCAGUUUAAAUCCGCCACCUUUGUCAACUAUGCUGUACACAGGGCACAACAUAGUGUUUUCCAAGACCUACUAAAUAACAAACGAUACUGCUUUUAAUAUCCCACAUACAAGGUCUUGCAUCUUGCAGUACUGUAUAUAAUGAAUCUCCAAGGCUGUUAAGUCUGCCUUGAGCAUUACCAAUGUUAUAGCUAAUUUUAUUUUAUGAUAACAUUUAAUUUAAGGACUAUUGCAACUGACUAACCACCAGAAGAACUACAUGUGAAUAGUCCACAUGAGUAGCAGGUAAUGGAAAACAACUAGGACUUGCAGGAUAUCCAGAUGUCUUAUGCCCUGUGUACACAAGUCAACUGUAGUAAAGCUGGCAGUACCCCCACGCAAAGCCCCUAGUUAAGAAGGACAUGACUAGCCACAGCAAAAUACUGUUUCACAUUGAAUUAGAUCUGAUGAGCGUGGUCGGUCUGCAAAUUUGCAACGCUAUUGGCUUGGAAUUCAAGCUUUUUUUUUUUUUUUUAAAAAGCAAAAUAAAAACUUUAGAAGUUAUAUAUAUUCUUGAAAAAAAAGCAGCUGUUGGUAGUGUGCUGAUCUUGCGAGGCGAACAACAAGAAACCUAUUAUCAUCCAAUUCACAAAUAGUUUACAUAUUUAUAUACGUGGGUUGCUUGUGUGAGUAUUUGUAUUAACAGCAAAGUGUGCCACACCAAUGUUGUUUAAAAUCAGAAGGUUUUGCCCUCUAUGGCUUGAUGAAACUAUGAUUUAAGAAUCCUACAUUAAUAAAGCUUUACCUGGAUCUUUGCCAGUGCAGCAAAAAUCUGCUGAUUUUUUUUUUUUUUCUUAAACAGCAACGUGGUUACUUCUGUUAAACUGUUUACAAGUGAACAACCUUUGGGACUGUUUAAAAUUACACAGCUUUGCAAAUACUCUUUGCAAAUACACUGAGUGUUCCAUUAAUCCAGCUCCUCCCAUUACCAAAUCAAACUUAAGCGAACAGGAUCAGAUUAGCAAGUAUAUUUUUGCACAUAUUGAGAUUUACAAUUCAACCAACCAGUCCAGGAUCUUUACUGUAAUCAUUUUAUGUUUGCUUAAAUAUGAGUGUGUGCAGUACUCCCAAAAUUCAUUUUUAUUCAGAAUAAUUUUUGGAGCGAAUAAACAUUUUAAUGCUCUGUUUCAGUUGAGCUCAGUUGUAAUGAGUAAGGCUGGAGCUGGCAUUUAUAUUGAUCUCUGAUAACCACGUAGCAAACAGCGACCUUGACCACUUUAUCAAAAACCAAAAGCGUGUAUCACUUGCUUUUCAGUGCCAGCCUGGGAAGAUUGAUUCUGCAGUUGCUGAAAUGGGAAGUAUUUAGAAAUCCUGAAAAAAAGAAGAAAUAACAAAAGUAUGUUUUUUUAAAUAGGAUAUGUAGUAGUACAGAACAAAAGCUUUGUAGACCAAAGCAGGUUGCACCAUUGUUCUUUCAGUGUAUAUUUGGUUCUUUUGAUUUUAAACAGCCACCAACAGCUGCUCCUGCACUGAAUUCUAAAUUGUAAUGUUUUUUUUUUUUUCUUUGAUAACUUCUAUGAAGUUGAAUGUUUUUUUUUUUUUGUUUGUUUGUUUUUUUUUAACAGACUAGGUUAUCGCUAAUCCUUGGGGGACUUAUGGGAUUUAACCCUGCCAGCUAGCAAUUGAGUAAGCAAGGAGGAGCUGUAAACAGAACUACAUUUCUAUACACAAGUAGUUCUUCUCGAGGUUUCUAAAGGUUGCUAAAGAUUUUGGCUUUGUGUCUAAUAGGCAAAAAGGUUGAGUGAUGCCCCUGCUACCCCUACUACCUCUGCGUACAUUCAGAGCUCUUACAUUCACAAACCUGCAACAACCCUGUGAUUGAAAAAACAAAAACACAAUGAUACCACUAUUUCAGUUCAUAGACGGGUAUUUUAUUUUUUAUGCUUAUUAGUAACCAGCUAAGAAAUCUACAAGGCAGAGAAUACAAGGCACUUCAGCAUGUGAUACAGUGUCCAAUUUGGAUAGACUUGCUAAUCUUAGAAAGUUUCAAAUAUCUAGACCACUAUUUCACAGCAACUUGAUUUAAUCCAUAUUUGUAUAAGUGAGAUCUGACGUAUUGCUUCAGUGUCUUCCAUUGCCAUUUGCUCUAUCUGUUUCAGACAGAUUGUGAUGGUGUUGCCAUUUGUUCCAGAAGCUACGCAUUUGACCAAGGACCCAUUCCACAGUGCACAUCAUAGCCAGAUGCUAUUGACAGAAGCUCCCUAGUUAUGUUUCUAUGGAAACAUUUGCAGUGAGCACUUUGCUGCAUCUGCUAACAUGCACAUUUUCUGGAGUCAUGGCUAUUGGUUACAUUAAAUAUACAAAGACACUGAGGCACAGCAACACCACACAGUGAAGAAGUGAAGAUCAGGUUAAUGUACUUUUUUGAUUAAAUUGUCCUUCCACUGUACGAUAUUUCAAACACAGACUACCACUUUGUUAGCAGUACUGUAAAAAUAACAAGCCCCCUUCUGCUACACAUUUGAAGCUAGGUUUUUCCUUAGGGAUGGACCUUGGCAUACAAACUAUAAGGCACAGCUUCCUAGUCUUUAGCAACUGUAAGGAACUGGCAUUCAGAUCUGCUGUAGAACUAUAAGUCUACUAGUCGUGACAUUUAAGACUUGUAAAGAUGUAUUAACAAGUUCUGUGUUCUUGUAACUUCUUUUUUGUCUACAUUCAAACCUCACAAAAUAUAUCUGUAGGGGAGACUAGUAUCACAGUUAGAACAUUCAUUUGCAACUCAGUUGUGGGUUAUGCUCGAUGGUCCAUAUCAUUUGCAUAUCCUAAAAUGAUCUGUCAUAGAUGGUGACAGAGUAGUUCCAUACCCCUUGGUCUACUGCAUUAAGAUGUCACAUGGCCACUGGUGUCAAAUGUGCUGUUAGUAUAUGCUUAUGAGAAGUGAAGAUUAGUUUGUGUGCAUUACAUUUAUGUUCAUUGGUGCACCGUUUCACGUUGGGGGGACGACUACAUUUUGACUAGGUGGGCAACUUUGGUUCCAGUGGCCAUUCUACUACAAGUCAAAUUAAAAAUGAAGACAGUUUAAUUACAACAUAGUUUGAACAAAGACCUUCACUAGAAGCUUGUUGCCCAUCCUUUUGAGUUCAGCUAAGGUCAAACAGAAGUAGCUGGCCCAGUAGGCUAGACCAGCAGCAUAAGUCCAGUGGAAUCUCAUCAAAAAAAUUAUCAUUGAAGAUAGGCGAUCAAAGCUCAUCCAGGCUUAAGCUUGCGCCCAUUUCUGCUUUCAGCUUUGGUUGCAAGCUAGUAACAACCUUUUUAAGAGUGUAAACACUCAAGUUUAGAAAUAUUGUACAUUUUGGUACACUUUCCAGUUCUGCUUCACUCCGAUGUGUCUGUCAUAUUCUAGACCCAUAUAUAUAUUGGUCUCUCGAGACAGUGUGCGAUCUUAAGCACCGUUUUUGGUGGAACUUCUGUCAAGUAUAAUCUCUGUGUAAUAUUAUUAUUGUUAUUAUUGCUUGGGACAGAGCUAUUGACACUUAAGCAAUCGUAAAGAUUGGAUGCUAGAGAGCCCUGCAAAGACACCACAUUCAAGCCUUUCAGAUGAAGCAAGGCUAUGCAGUGAAUCCAGCCUCUUUGUUGACAGUGCAUAGUAGGAAUGAUCUCAUCCCUAUUCUGAGUUUAAACACAAAAUCCCUGAUUUAGUCUUGGUUAGAAUCUGGGUCCAGCUCAUGAACAGUGGUUGAGUCAGACUUUUGGCAAAUUAAUCUUAAUGUUAAGUUAAAAUUUAGUGGGCAAAUAGGAAUGUCAGACCAGAGCCCAUCCAGAAUAAUAUAACCUGGUCCAGUUGGCUUGAGAUAUUGGGUGAUCUUUCCUGGUAAAUGUGCUUUAGUCAGGUUUUUGACUGUAUUUACGGUUUGAGUACAUAACACCUGUAAAUAAAUAUGAUGUGCAACUGUUAAUAUACUCGCUUUGAGUAAGCAUUUAUAUUAAAUGAUCUCUACAAAUCAGUAAUGCUAUGAUCUGUAACUGGUUGCCAAUGCAAAGCUGAACGUCUCUUAUCCUUUCAUAAGUAAAGGAGUUCAGUGCCAGACUUGUAACGUUUGUUUACUUAGCCAUUUUGUGUCUGUACAAAAGAAAAGCUCUAGUUAAUGUAAGGGUGUACUGUAUUGAAUGUUCUUUGUAUUCAGGUAUUGACACAAACUCACCAUGGUUUAUUAAGCCAAUUUAAACCACACCAUGGUUGAUGAGGUCAUGGAUUUUUUUGCCUUCCUUGUAGUGCGGUCAGGGGGACUGAAGGUAGAGCGUGCUAAAUCUGUUAACUGGAUGGAGCAUCGCUGUUGUUUAAUUUAUAAUACAGAAGCAUGGGUAAACACAACAGAUGUAAGAAAAAAGUAAUGAAAUGUAUAAAUUGUAGCUAAAAAUAAGAGCAUGUAUCCUGUAAUUUUGCAUUUUUUUAUUGAGAAAUACUCACAAUCGUGGCAUUGUAUAAAACUUGUCUGUAAAGUAAUUGUAGCUAACAAAAUGAUCCCAUCAAUCUUGCCUAUUGAGCCCUUGCAUUAGAUACACAGGUCAUAUGUGCAGUUUUUAAAGAAGCAUAGGUUACAGCAAACAUGUUCAUUUUAAAACAUGGCUUGUGGUACUCCAAGUUUAAUGAAAGUUUGCCUGCCAUGAAGUGUGUUACUGCUUGGUCAGUGCACCCCAGUAGUACAAAGGAUAACCCAGGAUUUAUUUAACCUAGAGUAGGACCAGAUGUAAAAAUACAAUAAAACCAAAUAAAAUACAUGUUCAGUAUAAUGUGUUUUAUUCAAAACUACAUUUGAGAUCCAAAUAAUGAAAAGAUGUACAUGGCAGAGAAAAUUUAUUAUUUUGUCAACUGCAAGUACUUUAAUUGGCUUCUUUGAAUUUCCCUGGGAGUGCAGGAAGAGGUAUGAUGGCCUGGGUGACUACUGUACUCUUGAUUUAAUUGGUCGUCCUUGCAUCCUUUUAUUUCAAAUUUUAGGAUAAAGUAGGGCUUUUAUCAAUUGUAACGAGUAGUAUGCCAUCCCGUGUCACUACCCUUUUUAAAGGGAAUAUUUUAGUCAUUAAAAUACUAAGUUAUUUAAGGAUUAUGGAAUGUAAUUUGCUGUUAGCUACUAAAGUUGUUUAUGAUAGGUUGGUCUGCCAUUUCCUAGCUAACUAACCUGCAGCAGUACAAAUGAGUGUUUAUUGAUUGCUGUCUGUUCGAUUUCAAUUGUAUGUCUGUGUUAUUGAUGAUAAAAGCAUUUGUCUUUACCUUGGGUCCCUGACUUCUGUGGUUUCAUAAGGAGUGGCUUUAAAAAAGAGAUGCGCAUACAUAGAUAUCAUCUUGGAAGACACUGGUCAGUGACAGAUACAAACAGGUUCCAAAAUAUAUAUCAGCAUCCCUGAAAUGUAAUAUUACUUGUGCCAGGCAAGAACUUAAUAGUUGUACUGAUAUUUUCCACCACAACUUCAACUGAAUGGAUCUCACUAAAUCACAGCCCAUUAGCAAUGGUGAUGGCUCUUAAAUGAGCCUCUAAAGGCUUUUAAAGUCCAGGAAGGGAGCUCCAUUGUCCCAGUAAAUAUUAUGCUAAAAUCUUUAGGCUUUUUAGCCUUGUUUUUUUAGUAGCUUGGUUAACCAAAAGCAAAAAAAUAUAUAUUCUGAAAUAUCUGGUAAACUAAAAAUGUCACCAUUGGUUUGUUUAGGGGAAAUAAUUCCAUUUGGUAAAUAUAUUAAGAGCAGGCCCAGACCUGAGCAUUUUCUUCCCAAGAUGGCUUCUUUUGCUACUCUUUGUGUUCUCUAGGAACUAUUCUGCCUACAUGCAAACUGCAUUCAUUGUAACAAGAUUUGGCUGUUUUUGCUGCAUUAUUUAAAUUGUGUUCCUAACAUUGGGCAUGUAAUUCCUUUUGAUGAUUACUCCCAAAUGAUAUUGUAAUAGACUGCUUAAAUUAAGGUACAAGUUUAAAAAUUCAAAUUUUGUUUUUAUAUUAUACUCCAUUUAAGGAAUGUUUAGAACUAUCUUUCUCCAAAUAUGGAUGUAGCUGUUAUACUUUUUUCUUUGUAAAAGAAUUCACUGUGUGAAAAUUGGUUUGCAUUUUUGUAUAAUACAAUAAUCAGCUUUUUUUUUGGGGGGGGGGGGGGGGGGGGGGGGUUAACUAACUGGAAGUUUAAGAGAAAAAAAAAACCUUGUGAAAAUAAAAUUUGUAACUGGUGUAUCAGUGAUUCUUUACUGGCAGGGACUGUGAUUAAACAACAUUGUAAAUCAAA